CAGGGGCUGCCGGCCGCGCGUGCGGGCUGGGGGGGCGUGCACGCCUGGGUGUGGGGGGCUCCCAAGGCCGCCCUCCAAGAGCGAGCCCCCCGCUUCCCGGUCCCCUUCCCCAAAUGGCCCCGGAGAGCGGGAGGCGGCGGGGGAGGCGGAGGCGCGCCCUGGGCGCAAAGGCGCUGCAGCAGAGCGCAUCCCCGGAGAGAAGCUGAACUUCUCCCGCCGGGCGAGCCGGGACGGAGGGCGAGAGCUGCUUGCUCGGCCGCCGCUCUUGCCUGCCCCGGGGCCCUGGAGGAGCUGCGCCCCGGAGCCCGGCCAGGAGGAGGCGAAGAAGAGGAGGCCGAGGAGGAGCGAGCGGGGGACCCUCCCCGGCGACCCCUCCCCACCGCCUGCCUGCCUGCCUGCCUGCCUGCCUGGGCGUCCGAGGAGAGGCGGACGGGAGGAUGACGGGGGUGGGGACGCCUGCCGGGAGCCCAGCAGCGGCGGCGGCGGCGGCGGCGGCAGCAGCUCCGGCCAGGCACGGCACCUGACAGAAGCUCCAGUUGGUUUGCUCCUUCCUUCUCGAUGGGAUGGCUCUUCCUCCGGCGCAGUUGCGUGCUGGAGAGAAUGAAGACCUCUGACGUUUCUACCAAGGUUUCUUAGAGCUGCCGGAAGAGGAGAUGAAGAUGUUGGCAAAGCUUUCUAUGCUUGUGCUGGUUUUGUUCUCCAGGAGUGUCUUCCUUUCGUUAGGCGAUCACAACUUUUUAAGGAAAGAAAUCAAAAUAGAAGGAGACCUGGUGCUGGGAGGUCUCUUCCCAAUCAAGGAGAAAGGCACUGGCGCCGAAGAAUGUGGACGAAUCAACGAAGACCGAGGCAUCCAGAGGUUGGAGGCCAUGCUGUUUGCCAUCGAUGAGAUCAACAGAGACAGCCACUUGCUCCCAGGGAUCAAGCUUGGAGUUCACAUUUUGGAUACUUGCUCACGAGACACCUAUGCUUUGGAACAGUCCCUGGAGUUUGUCAGGGCUUCUUUGACUAAAGUGGAUGAAGCAGAGUACAUGUGUCCUGAUGGCUCAUAUGCAGUUCAAGAAAACACCCCGUUACUCAUCGCGGGGGUCAUCGGAGGAUCUUACAGCAGUGUUUCCAUACAGGUGGCCAAUUUGCUCCGGCUCUUCCAGAUUCCUCAGAUCAGCUAUGCUUCCACCAGCGCCAAGCUCAGUGAUAAAUCCCGGUAUGACUACUUUGCCAGGACGGUGCCUCCUGACUUCUAUCAAGCCAAAGCCAUGGCUGAGAUCCUGCGCUUCUUCAACUGGACGUACGUGUCCACAGUGGCCUCGGAAGGAGACUAUGGAGAAACGGGGAUCGAAGCCUUCGAACAAGAAGCCCGGCUGAGAAACAUCUGCAUCGCCACCUCCGAGAAAGUCGGCCGGUCCAAUAUCCGAAAGUCCUACGACAGCGUCAUUAGAGAACUUCUCCAGAAACCCAACGCCAGAGUAGUGGUCUUGUUCAUGCGUAGCGAUGAUUCUCGGGAGCUCAUCGCCGCAGCCAACCGGUUCAACGUCUCCUUUACCUGGGUGGCCAGUGACGGCUGGGGGGCCCAGGAGAGCGUGGUCAAGGGCAACGAACACGUUGCCAGCGGGGCCAUCACUCUAGAGCUUGCUUCCCAUCCGGUCAAAGAGUUUGACCGAUACUUCCAGAGCCUCACCCCUUAUACCAACCAUCGCAAUCCCUGGUUUAAGGACUUCUGGGAGCAGAAAUUCCAGUGCGGCCUUCAGAACAGGAAAACCCACAAAAAGGUGUGUGACAAGCACUUGUCUAUCAACAGUUCCAACUACGAACAAGAGUCCAAGAUCAUGUUUGUGGUCAACGCGGUGUAUGCCUUGGCCCACGCUUUGCACAAAAUGCAGAGGACAAUGUGUCCGAACACAACCAAGCUCUGUGACGGCAUGAAGCACCUGGACGGCAAAAAGCUGUACAAAGACUACUUACUCAAAGUCAACUUUACAGCUCCCUUCCGUUCUUCAAAAUCUGCGGACAACCUCGUUAAAUUUGAUAUUUACGGUGACGGGAUCGGGCGAUACAACGUCUUCAACUUCCAGCAAGCUGGAGGCCGAUAUUCCUACCUGAAAGUAGGGCAGUGGGCCGAAACCUUGACCCUGGAGGUCAAUGCCAUUCACUGGGCCAGAGGCCUGGUCCCCGUGGCCCAGUGCAGUGACCCCUGCGCGCCCAACGAGAUGAAGAAUAUGCAACCCGGAGAUGUCUGUUGCUGGAUCUGCAUUCCCUGCGAGACCUUUGAGUACCUGGCUGACGAAUUCACCUGCAGGGACUGUGGCCCAGGACGGUGGCCCAGUCUGGAUCUCACCAGCUGUUACGACCUACCAGAAGAUUACAUCAAGUGGGAAGAUGCGUGGUCCAUCGGGCCGGUCACGAUCGCGUGCUUGGGCUUCAUUUGUACUUUCCUCGUGGUUGGAGUUUUCAUCAAGCACAACAACACGCCUUUGGUGAAGGCCUCCAGCCGCGAGUUGUGCUACAUCCUUCUUUUCGGAGUCUUCCUCUCCUACAGCAUGACCUUCUUCUUCAUCGCCAAGCCUUCUCCGGCCAUUUGCACCUUGCGCCGUUUGGGUCUGGGAACGUCCUUCGCCGUUUGCUACUCGGCCCUCUUGACCAAAACGAACUGCAUCGCCAGGAUAUUUAACGGGGUGAAGAACGGGGCGCAGAGGCCGAAAUUCAUCAGCCCUCGCUCUCAAGUCCUCAUCUGCCUGAGUCUCGUCAUGGUGCAGAUCGUGUUGGUGUCCGUGUGGCUGAUUUUAGAAGCUCCGGGCACUCGCCGACACACCCUUCCGGAGAAGAGGCAGACGGUCAUCUUGAAAUGCAACGUCAAAGAUGCCAGCAUGCUCAUCUCUUUAACGUAUGAUGUGAUCCUCGUCCUCUUAUGCACUGUGUAUGCCUUCAAAACAAGGAAGUGCCCAGAGAAUUUUAACGAAGCCAAAUUUAUUGGAUUCACCAUGUAUACAACCUGCAUUAUCUGGCUGGCAUUCCUGCCAAUCUUUUAUGUGACGUCGAGUGACUACAGGGUGCAGACCACAACCAUGUGCAUCUCCGUCAGCCUGAGUGGCUUCGUUGUCCUGGGCUGCUUGUUUGCCCCCAAAGUGCAUAUCGUUCUCUUCCAACCGCAGAAGAAUGUGGUCACUCACAGGCUGCACCUCAACAGGUUCAGUGUCAGUGGGACAGGAACCAGCUAUUCCCAAGCCUCAGCAAACGUCUACGUCCCCACGGUCUGCAACGGAAGAGAAGUUGUGGAUUCCACCACCUCCUCCUUAUAGCCCUUCAGCCGGCUUUUGUAUUCUUAGAUGGUUAGAGAGAAAAGCACAUUCCUUGUGCACCCUGGGAUUAAAAAGUGAACCUUUUAAAAGGACUAGCAUUUCUUUUCUAGAAACCGUGUUAAUAAAUUAUUUUUGAGGACUGUACAGUCUUUAUCGUGUUGUUCUCUUCGGAACAACUUUAGGAGUCUUCGGAGAAUAACCGUUCUAAGGGGUGUAUCAGUAGCUGCGACUCAUAUAGUGGUGCCCGUAUGUUGACCUCGGAGGGAGGGGGAGAAAGGAUGGUAAAACUGCCAUGUUAGGUGGCUUUCUUUCUAACAAGAGACUUUUUUUUUUUUUGUAAUUCCUUGUUGUAAUUUAGAUUGCAUUUCUAUGUUGUAUAUUAUAGUCACAUUCUGUGCGACAGACGGUUUUCAUGGCAGCAUUAAAGACGUCCAUAAUAAAACCAGAAAAGAUUUUC